AAAUGUUGUGGCCCGGAGCUUCAGGUGGCAAACGCCUGGUUUAGUAGGAGGUGGAAUACAUUUUAGUUCACACUCCAGACCAGGUGGUGGCGCUACUUAGCACGAAGCUCUUUAUGUACCGCUAAUAUUCCACAGAGGAAGAUCAGCACAAGGCGCUAGCAUGCUAGCAGCGUUAGCUUGAGUUCAGAGGACGGUGGUGUUUCGUUGGGACGUUCGUGAGGUUUGUGGACAGAAAGGACGAUACGUGGUUCGGUUCCGAACAAUCCUCUUUAGCUAAAGUGUCGUAAAUGAGUGAAUGCGUGUUGAACGUAAAGACAACGUGGCUGUGAUUGUGAGACUAGCAGAUGAUCGGAGCUGCUGCUGUUCAGAGGACUUUGGUGUUUGUUGGAGCUGAAGAUCUUCUGCAGCUGCAGGAACCAUGUCUUCAGAACCUCAGGAAGAUUCUGACAGAGAACAACCUUCUGCUGCUGAAGGAACCAUCGUCCAGAACCAGGAGGAGCUCUGUGGUCAGAGAGGACUGAUGGAUAAGAAGAAAAAACAGCUUCAGCUUCAUGUUAUAGUUCUCCCCCAGCAUUUGUCUGAAGAGGAGGAUCUCUGCAGCCAGCAGACGAACUUUAAAGUGGAACAGGAGGAACAAGAACCUCAACUGAUUAAAGAGGAACCAGUGGAAGAAGAACUUUCACAGCCGGAAGAGGUUCGAGGGAAAACAGAACUUCCACAGAUUAAAGAGGAGCUGGAUGAAGAAGAACCUUCAAAGUUUAAAGAGGAGCAAGAAAAGUUCUGCCUCAGUCAGGAUGAGGAGCAGCUUGAUCUGAAGCAGGAGACUGACACCUUGGACAUCCUAACUUUUGUGGUAAAUGAGAACGGUGAAGCAGAUCUAUGCAAUCAGCAGAGCUACAAUGUAACUGAUAGUGAAAAUGAAGAUGAAAAUCAACAUGAAGAACCAGCAUCAUCUACAGAUGAAGAGACAGAGGCAAAAAAUAGAGUUGAGAGGGAGAGAAAAGACAGAACCCAUGUCCAAAUUGUAGACAGCUCUUGCAUGUCAGAAGGUCAGUGUGAUUCUGAUGUUAGAAAAAGCUUCAAGAAGGCCCCUUUGGUCAAAAAACUUAACCAAUCUCCAAAAGAACAGAAACCUUCCUUUACAUCAGGUGAAAGCUCAAGAGAUAUUAGUAAUCUCUUUGUCUACACAAAAACUAAGUCCGAUGACACACUUUAUAUCUGUACGGAAUGCGGUAAAAGUUUUGGUUACUGGUCUCAGUUCAGGACUCAUAUGAGAACCCACACAGGAGAGAAGCCUUAUACUUGUAAAGAAUGUAAUAGAAGUUGUAGUGAUAUGUAUGAUCUAAAAAGACACAUGAGAACUCACACAGGAGAGAAGCCCUAUACUUGUAAAGAAUGUGAUAAAAGUUUUAGUCAAAUAUCUAGUCUCAAAUCACACAUGAAAACGCACACAGGUGAAAAGCCUUUUUCUUGUAAAGAAUGUGAUUCAAGUUUUAGUCGUGUAUCUAAUCUCAAAACACACAUGAGAACUCACACAGGAGAAAAGCCUUUUUCUUGUAAAGAAUGUGACAAAAGCUUUAGUCAUAUAUCUAGUCUCAAAUCUCAUAUGAGAACUCACACAGGAGAGAAGCCUUUUACUUGUAAAGAAUGUCAUCAAAGUUUCAGCGAAAUAUCUCACCUAAAAAGACACACGAGAACUCAUACAGGAGAAAAGCCCUUUUCCUGCAAAGAAUGUGCUGCCAGUUUUAGUCGUGUUUCUAACCUCAACAGACACAUGAAAAGUCAUACAUGAAAGAGUAAUUCAUAGGUAAGGAGACGCAAGUUAUUAUUGGAGAAGUAGAAAUGAAAACUUUUCUAAACUCUAAGGUGUGCCAAAAAUAUCAUUUUUUUUAUUGGUUUUGGAAGAUACUGACAUUUUCUAAAGCACUUUUUUGGGUUUCCAUUAUCUUAAUUUUAAUUCUAACAAUCCUAAUAUUUCACAACAUUAAUAAUUUUAAAUGUACCUGUAAAUAGAAAUAUGCUGUUUUGUAUUAUUAGAGUGAAAUCUUUAAUUGCUUAAUUGUGGUUGGAGUUUAUGCUAAGAUGAUGUGCAUGAGGUCUAUGUGUGUAACCAUAUAAUUACUGAAAAUAUUAUAUAUGUUUCUUUAAGUUUUCAUGUUGGUAAAUGGUAAAUGACGUAUACCACAUUUUCCGGACUAUAAGUCGCAGUUUUUUUCAUAGUUUAGCCAGGGGUGUAACUUAUUUGUGUUUUCUUGUUUUUUUUAAGACAUAAAUAGGCUAAUAUUUGUGAUUUCUUAGUGAACACCGGUUGUCCUGUAGCUCUUUUUUCUCUCCAACAACCACUAGACGGCGCUGCGAGUAUUUGGUACUGACAGCGGCAGAAGAAGUGUUGUCCAAAACAAACACGGAAGAGAAUUUGAUUGUUUUCCUCUUAAACGUCGGUAUUUUUCUUAUAUAGAUCAAAAGAUAAGCAUUCUUGUAUUUAUUUAUUUAUUUUAGCUAAUGUCAGACUUUUCUCCCAAAAGUGCAACGUAUAUGGCAUUCUUCUUCUUGAUUAGAAGUCAUUUGCUCUUGCAACUUAUACUCCAGUGCGACUUAUACUCUGGAUAAUAUGGUAAUUCUCUUACUCUUUACUAUCUUCCUUUAACGCCCAAAGCGCUUUACAGUCACAGACACAUUCACACACUAAUGGUGGCUCUGCUGCUGAACCAACCUUCCUCCAGAGGCGAUGUGGGGUUCAGUGUCUUUUCCAAAGACACUUCAACACAUGGGUGAGAACGGAACCUGCACUCUUCCUAUCAGGAGGAAGAGUGCCCCCCCCCCCCCCCAUUUCAUUAUUGUUUUUGAUUAAAAAUAAUUAACGACUGCAUUUUAUAUUUUGUUAGGUCAGGUAACCAUUUAGUGAGGAAAAGAUUUUCCCAAAAACGUAAGAAGGAAGAGGCGGAUAAAUGAAUAGACUGGCGUUUCUGUCUUGUAUUUAAUGUGAUUUGUGCUUUUUAGUAGAUAUUAGAACUGUUUAUCUGUUUAUUUUUUUGUUUUUUGUUUUAUGUUCUCAGUGUUCUGUCCCAAUCUUUCCUGUGAAGAAUAAAGCGGACGUGAACAUCA